CAUUGCAAACGGUUGGUUUUGAAAACUAUUCGCAAGGCAUACAAAAUUGUUGAGAAGGACCAUACAUAUAUACAUACUUAUUUGUAUAUUUAAUAGUACAUACAUAUAAGCGCUCCUACUUAUUAAGUGUGACGAGUAGAAAAAGUUUAGUGAAGUUGUAAGGUGUUUUUAAGAAAUUUUUAAUAAUUUGUGAUAAAUAAAAUGUUUUGUAAGACUGCAUGAGUUGGAAAUUAAAACAAAUAACGAAAAGUUAAAGAAAACUAGAAUCAUUUUUACCGACAACAAAAAAAAAAACAUAUUAAAGUGCCUAACACCGCCUGAAACCAUUUCCUAAAUAAUUUUCGUAGAAAAUCAUAUCAUACAAUUUUCCAUAAAAAAAUAAUACUCAUUCUCGAGGUUUGUGAAAAAAUCGAAAAGUUUGUUGUGUAAUCGCACCAAAGCCAGUUCAAACGUUCCCAUCAAAUUGGAUCACAAGCAACGAAUUCACAAAUACAGUAAAAUUUCUCAUUCACCUGUAUGCAUAUGCAAAUGUGUUAGUGCUCUAAUGUUUUUGCCGAAAAAUAUGCAACACAAUAUGGCGUUAUCGAAAAAUGUGGCUUUCUUGCGCUAUUGAUAAAGCGGCAUAGGCACAAAUAAUAACAAAAAAAAAAAAAAGAUGUCGCAACCGGGGAAACGCGGUGGGCGUGGCGGCGCCGGCGGUGGCAUUGGACGCCGUACGCCCUCGAACGUUGCUGGCGCAAUCGGUGCCAACACACCUGAUGAAUCGAAUGCGGCCAGUGAACGCGCCACGCCAGCCAGUAAGGCCGACUCAGAUCAGAAGGACGACAGUUCCAGUAAUGGCGAUAAGAAAGAGGUGGACAGCUUUGUGACACCGAAGCCACCAAGCGCUGGCGCUUCCAUCCGUGACACCUCAAAUAAGAUACUCGCAUUGGCGAUGAAAAGCGAAUGGACGCCGAUCGAACAGGAGCUAAAGAAACUGGAGAAAUAUGUAGCGAAUUCGGGUGAGGAUGGCAAUCACAUACCGUUGGCGGGCAUACACGACCCGAACACCGGCAUGACCCCGCUAAUGUACGCCACCAAGGACAAUAAAACUUCCAUUAUGGAUCGAAUGAUUGAGUUGGGCGCAGAUGUCGGAGCACGAAAUAAUGACAAUUACAAUGUGUUGCAUAUCGCGUCGAUGUACUCGCGUGAGGAUGUCGUCAAGCUGUUGCUGAAUAAACGUGGAGUGGAUCCGUACUCCACGGGUGGCUCUCGCACACAAACUGCCGUGCAUUUGGUCUCAAGUCGGCAAACGGGAACGGCAACGAAUAUUUUGCGAGCUUUAUUGGCAGCGGCUGGGAAAGAAAUUCGACUGAAAGUAGACGGUAGAGGUAAAAUUCCACUGCUGCUUGCAGUGGAAUCUGGUAAUCAGUCUAUGGUUAGAGAGCUGCUUUCAGCUCAAACGUCGGACCAACUGAAGGCAACAACGGCUAAUGGAGACACGGCCCUGCAUUUGGCCGCCAGACGACGGGAUGUCGAUAUGGUACGCAUCCUGGUCGAUUACGGCACCAAUGUCGACACCCAAAAUGGCGAGGGUCAAACGCCAUUGCAUAUAGCGGCCGCCGAAGGUGACGAGGCGUUACUCAAGUACUUCUAUGGCGUGCGCGCUUCCGCGUCCAUUGCGGACAAUCAAGAUCGUACACCGAUGCAUUUAGCAGCUGAGAAUGGCCAUGCGCACAUCAUUGAAAUUUUGGCGGACAAAUUCAAGGCGAGCAUCUUCGAACGCACAAAGGAUGGCAGCACGCUGAUGCAUAUCGCCUCGCUGAAUGGCCAUGCUGAGUGCGCGACGAUGCUCUUCAAGAAGGGCGUCUAUCUACAUAUGCCAAAUAAGAAUGGCGCGCGCAGCAUUCACACCGCGGCCGCUUAUGGUCACACCGGCAUCAUCAAUACGCUCUUGCAGAAAGGCGAGAAGGUCGAUGUGACGACGAAUGAGAACUACACCGCACUCCAUAUCGCCGUGGAGUCUGCGAAGCCGGCCGUCGUCGAAACAUUGCUUGGCUUUGGCGCUGAUGUCCAUGUCCGUGGCGGCGCGAUUCACGAAACGCCCCUGCAUAUUGCCGCACGAGUUAAGGAUGGCGAUCGUUGUGCCUUAAUGCUCCUUAAGUCCGGAGCUAGUCCCAAUUUAACUACCGAUGAUGGCCUGACGCCGGUGCAUGUGGCCGCGCGAAACGGUAAUCUGGCAACGCUGAUACAACUCCUCGAAGACGGCGGCGAUCCGCUAUACAAAUCCAAUACCGGCGAAACUUCACUGCAUAUGGCCUGCCGUUCAUGCCACCCGGAAAUCGUGCGCCAUCUCAUUGAGAUGGUCAAGGAGAAGCAUGGCCCCGACAAGGCUACCACCUACAUUAAUUCAGUCAACGAUGAUGGCGCCACCGCACUACACUACACAUGCCAAAUCACCAAGGAAGAGGUCAAGAUUCCCGAGUCGGAUAAGGAAAUUGUCCGCAUGCUAUUAGAGAAUGGCGCUGAUGUGACGCUGCAAACGAAAACUGUGCUAGAGACUGCUUUUCAUUAUUGUGCCGUGGCUGGCAACAAUGACGUCCUCAUGGAGAUGAUCGCACACAUGAAUCCCACAGAUAUCCAGAAAGCCAUGAACCGACAGACGUCGGUGGGCUGGACGCCGUUGCUUAUCGCCUGUCACCGCGGGCACAUGGAGCUGGUCAACAACCUUUUAGCGAAUCAUGCCAGAGUGGAUGUGUUCGACACUGAGGGCCGAUCCGCUCUCCAUUUGGCUGCCGAACGAGGGUAUCUGCACGUCUGCGACGCGCUGCUCACCAACAAGGCAUUUAUCAAUUCGAAAUCGCGAGUCGGUCGUACGGCGCUACAUUUGGCUGCGAUGAAUGGCUUCACGCAUCUGGUGAAGUUUCUCAUCAAGGAUCAUAAUGCUGUUAUCGAUAUAUUGACACUGCGUAAGCAAACGCCUCUCCAUCUAGCCGCGGCUAGUGGACAGAUGGAGGUAUGUCAGCUUCUGCUCGAGCUUGGAGCUAACAUAGACGCGACCGAUGAUUUGGGCCAGAAGCCCAUACAUGUCGCCGCGCAGAACAACUACUCUGAAGUGGCCAAAUUAUUUCUGCAACAACAUCCGUCGCUGGUGAAUGCCACCAGCAAGGAUGGCAACACCUGCGCGCAUAUCGCUGCCAUGCAGGGUUCGGUGAAAGUGAUCGAGGAGCUAAUGAAGUUCGAUCGUUCUGGCGUGAUCUCGGCUAGAAACAAAUUGACUGAUGCCACACCGCUACAGCUGGCGGCCGAGGGUGGACAUGCGGACGUGGUGAAGGCGUUGGUACGUGCGGGCGCCUCAUGCACGGACGAGAACAAAGCCGGCUUCACAGCGGUGCAUUUAGCGGCACAGAACGGGCAUGGCCAGGUAUUGGAUGCGUUGAAAAGUACCAACUCUUUGAGGAUAACCAGCAAGAAAUUGGGACUGACGCCGUUGCAUGUGGCAGCCUACUACGGACAAGCGGACACUGUGCGCGAGCUACUGACGAGCGUGCCGGCGACGGUGAAAUCCGAACCACCGACAGGACAAAGUCUCUUUGGUGAAUUGGGCGCAGAAUCGGGCAUGACACCGUUACACUUAGCAGCGUUCUCAGGCAACGAAAAUGUUGUGCGAUUACUUUUGAACUCGGCGGGAGUGCAAGUGGAGGCGGCAACGACAGAGAACGGCUACAAUCCACUCCAUUUGGCUUGCUUCGGUGGUCACAUGUCAGUGGUUGGCUUGCUUCUGAGUCGCUCAGCAGAACUGCUCCAAUCGACGGAUCGUCAUGGCAGGACGGGUUUACACAUCGCCGCCAUGCACGGCCACAUACAGAUGGUGGAGAUUCUGUUGGGUCAGGGCGCAGAAAUAAAUGCCACCGACAAAAACGGUUGGACAUCACUGCAUUGUGCUGCCAAAGCCGGCCACUUGGAAGUUGUGAAGUUGCUAUGCGAGGCCGGUGCUUCACCCAAGUCGGAGACGAACUACGGCUGUGCGGCGAUAUGGUUCGCCGCCUCCGAAGGCCACAACGACGUGCUGCGGUAUCUGAUGAACAAAGAACACGACACCUAUAGUCUGAUGGAGGAUAAACGGUUUGUGUACAACUUGAUGGUAGUCUCGAAAAACCACAACAACAAACCCAUACAGGAAUUUGUGCUCGUAUCGCCGGCUCCAGUAGAUACCGCAGCCAAACUGUCAAAUAUCUACAUAAACUUAUCGACAAAGGAAAAAGAACGCGCCAAAGAUUUAGUGGCUGCUGGCAAACAAUGCGAGGCCAUGGCUACCGAGCUGCUCGCACUAGCUGCAGGCUCCGAUUCGGCUGGAAAAAUACUGCAAGCCACCGAUCGCAGAAAUGUCGAGUUCCUCGACGUGCUUAUUGAAAACGAACAAAAGGAAGUUAUUGCUCACACCGUAGUCCAACGCUAUCUGCAGGAACUCUGGCGCGGCUCACUUACCUGGGCCUCCUGGAAAAUAUUACUCCUCCUAGUCGCCUUCAUUGUAUGCCCGCCCGUCUGGAUCGGUUUCACCUUUCCAAUGGGCCAUAAAUUCAACAAAGUGCCCAUUAUCAAAUUCAUGUCCUAUCUCACUUCACACAUCUAUCUGAUGAUCCACCUAAGCAUCGUGGGCAUUACGCCCAUCUAUCCAGUGCUACGGCUAAGUUUGGUCCCCUACUGGUACGAAAUUGGACUGCUCAUUUGGUUGAGUGGUUUACUUUUGUUCGAGCUGACAAAUCCAUCUGACAAGUCUGGAUUGGGAUCGAUUAAACUGUUGGUGCUACUUCUGGGCAUGGCCGGCGUGGGCGUGCAUGUGGCUGCGUUCGUCUUCGUCUCCAAAUUGUACUGGCCGACACUGAUCUACUGCCGCAAUCAGUGUUUCGCAUUGGCCUUUCUACUCGCCUGCGUGCAAAUACUGGACUUUCUCUCAUUCCAUCACCUCUUCGGACCAUGGGCCAUUAUCAUCGGCGAUCUACUCAAGGAUCUGGCGCGCUUUUUGGCGGUGCUGGCGAUUUUCGUGUUCGGUUUCUCCAUGCAUAUCGUGGCAUUGAACCAGUCGUUUGCGAAUUUGAAGCCAGAGGAUUUGCGUGGAUUCGAAAAGCGUAACCGCAACCGGGGCUACUUCAGUGACGAUGACAUGCCAACACCACGUCCUCCCCCCAGCUCCGCCGAGCGUUAUAUCGAUAGUCGAAGCUUAUCUAGCGAGUUUCGACGCAAGCAUAAAAAUGAUCUGCGCAUGCAUCCGAUUACCUCCUUUGAAUUGCUCUUCUUCGCCGUAUUCGGUCAGACGACAACCGAACAAACGCAAGUAGACAAAAUACAAAACGUGGCCGAGCCCACUCAGCCGUACUGGGUGGAGUAUCUGUUCAAAAUAGUCUUCGGCAUUUACAUGCUGGUGUCGGUGGUUGUGCUGAUCAACCUGUUGAUUGCUAUGAUGUCUGACACCUACCAGCGGAUCCAGGCUCAAUCGGAUAUUGAAUGGAAAUUCGGACUGUCCAAGCUUAUACGCAAUAUGCAUCGCACCACAACUGCGCCAUCUCCGCUUAAUUUAGUUACCACGUGGUUUAUAUGGAUCGUCGAGAAGGUCAAGGCUCGUAUGAAGAAAAAGAAGCGUCCAAGUCUGGUUCAGAUGAUGGGAAUACGUCAGGCCAGCCCGCGCACAAAGGCUGGUGCCAAGUGGUUAUCGAAAAUCAAGAAAGACUCGGUGGCUUUGUCCGUCGUACACCUUUCACCGCUUGGAUCGCAGACGAGUUUCACCGCUGCCAAUCAGAACCGGAUUGAAAAUGUGGCCGAUUGGGAGGCGAUUGCUAAAAAAUAUCGUGCGCUUGUCGGUGACGAGGAGGGCGGAUCGAUUAAGGAUUCCGAAGCAGAGAGCGGUUCCGUCGAAGGUAGCGGUGGCGGUACGGGUGCGCCACCGCCGCCGGCACAGGUGGGAAAUAAUGUUGCAGCAGCGCAACCACAAGAACAAUUGUUGCACGUGUAGAGAGAGCUAUUUCCUCAUUUAGAGAAUAGAAAAAGCUUUUUUCAUUUAAACAACUGCAUUCAUUGAGCGUUUGAAGCACAUCCCAUGGCUACAUUUCCAUCGAGUAGAACGUUGAGCCACACAAGCUUACGAAAGUCACUAGCAAACUAAUCAUAAAUUAUAUUUCAGGUUUAAGUCAACAAGAAAAUAUAGUUGUAACUAACUGUUUUAAGAAGGAAUGGGUUUUAGCGUUAAUCAAAAAAAUUUAACAAUAAGUUUUAGAUAGAAAAAAGUAAAUCAAAUAAUAGAGAAAUUUAAUUGUAGUUAAAAGCUUUAAACACUUCCUAAUUCGUCUACCUUAGAUAGAAUAUGCAAAUAAAGUGUCACAAAAAAAACUUUAUUGCCGUUAUGAAAUUCUAAAAAACUACACAAACUGUAAAUUAAUUGUAUGUAAUGUAUUGUAAGCCAGCAAAAUAAAGUAUUAUGUAAUAAGAUUUAAUAAACAACAAAGCAAAAAUGUUUUCCAGUUGAGUAUAAGAUUGAAAAUAAAGCUGUAUUAAAGGUUUUGCAGAUAAGAAAUUUACUUUUAAUAUAAUUAAAAUUUAAUCAUGAAAAUUUCAUUUACACUUCCACGCGUUGCAUAACUUUCUAAACUUAAGCAAUAGAAUUUGUUUUAAACUCGGUAACUCGACACUUCGCAGGUGCCACCAAUGGCAAAAAGAAUCUCUGAUUUCUUACUAAUGCAUCUAAUAUCGAGAUUGUGGUUCUUUUUCUCACCCCGAACCCUCAGCUUCAGACUUUUCGUAUUACGAACGCAAACAAGACCAUUUGAGCCUUUUCAUUCAUAUAUGUAUGUAUGCUCGUGACAGCUCAUAUAUGUAUGACUGAGCAAAAGGAUUAAGGGUUCAAAGGCUGAGAGCGGCUCUGUCGAAGGUAGCGGUGGCGGUGCGGAUGUGCCAGCGCCACUGCCAUAAUUGGAAAAAUAUUUUUCCAGCAGCAACAUCAUAGACUGGUUUAAAUUAUGUGUUAGGCCUACCCGCGAACAAAAGCUGGAACCAAGUGGCUGUCGAAAAUCAAGAAAGAUAGGAAAUUUAAGUGUUGGUGCAAUGCUGUUUCGUUUUUAAUCCACCUUACCAAAGUCAGACCCCCUUCACAAUUUGGCUCUCUAUGUUACGCUACCUCAACAUUUCGCAACUCGCCACAACUCAAAUAAGCAAUUAAACUCAUUACAAUUCUUCAUCCUGCGUUUAUGAAAUGGAAAAAUAUGUUGGUCUACAACUGCCGAAUUGUCAGUAGACUCGGUGGCUUUGUCCGUCGUACACCUUUCACCGCUGGGAUCGCAGACGAACUUUUCCUUUGUCAAUCAGAAUCGGAUUGAAAAUGUGACCGAUUGGGAGGCGAUCGCCAAGAAAUAUCGUGCGCUUGUCGGCGAAGAGUGUGGAGGUGCCAUUAAAGGCUCAGAGGUAGAGAGCGGCUCCGUCAAAGAUAACUCGGUGGCUCUGUCUGUCGUACAUCUUUCACUUCUUGGGUCACAGACGAGUUUUACCGUUGCCAAUCAGAAGCGGAUUGAAAAUGUGCCCAACCGUAUACGACUCAUGACGAAAACUUCAUAUCAUAUUGUAUAAUUAUUCAAAUGAUGCAUUAGGCCUACCAGCAAAACAAAAGCUGAUGUCAAGUUGCUGUUGAAAAUCAAGAAUGGUAGGAAAUUUAAUUGUUGGGAGAAGUCCGACCCACUCUACAAUUGCGCUCUCUAGCUUACGCUACCUUAAAAUUUCGCAACUCACCACAACUCAAAUAAGCAAUUAAUCUCAUUACAAUUUUUCAUCCUGCGUUUAUGAAAUGGAAAAAUAUGUUGCUCUACAACUUUCGGAUUGUCAAUAGACUCAGUGGCUUUAUCUGUCGUAUACCUUUCACUGCUUGGGUCGCAGAAGAAUUUUAUCGAUGCCAAUUAGUCUUGGAUUGAAAAUGUGGUCGAUUGGGAGGCGAUCGCUAAAAAAUAUCUUGCGCUUAUGGGCGAAGAGUGCGUAGGUGCCAUUAGAUAGGGAGCGGCUGCGUCAAAGAUAACUCGGUGGCUCGGUCUGUCGUACAUCUUUCACCGCUUGGGCCACAAACGAGCUUUACCGUUGCCAAUCAGAAUAGUAAUGCAAAUGUGCCCCACCGUGGCCGAGUCAUGACGAAAACUUCAUAUCAUAGAAUUAUUCAAAUGAUGCAUUAGGUCUACCAGCGAACAAAAGCAACUUUACCGUUGCCAAUCAGACUCGGAUUGAAAAUGUGGCCGAUUGGGAGGCGAUUGCUAAGAAAUAUCGCGCGCUUGUCAGCAAAAAGUGAAGAUGUGGCGAUUGCAUAAAAUGCGCUUGUCCCAAGAGGGAGCCACAAAACGAAUUGCGUCACUUAUAAAGCGACUUCAUAGAAUUUACCUAAAUGUAGAGACAGAUUUUUUCCUUAGCUAAAGCUAUUUUUACUUCCUAUAGUGACCUCAUUAUAAAUAUUACAAGUUCAAAUGAACGGAGAAAGGUAGUUGCAACUAACCGUCUAAAGAAAGAAUGGUUACAUGUUUAAUCAGAAAUUUCCUCAAAUUUUAUACUUUGUUCUUAUAUACAUAUCUUCUCUACGAAGUUCAGGCCAGUUACCUUCUCUAUGCAAUUCCUCAUUUUAAACUGCCACGUAAGUUUUGUUUUACUUGCGGGCGGUUUCACGAUGGCCAAUUAAGUGAAAAUUUAUUUUUGGAAGUUUUAAUAGGUCUAUUUAUAAGUUCGUGCGGUUUUACAACAGAUGGCGUAACUUGAUUAUUAUUCCAUCGAUCCACAUUUCCAAACAUUCAUUGGAGAGCUACUGUCGUAAGGCACAAACGUCAGUAUAAGUUUUUUAUUUGAAGCGUAAACAACAAUAUUUUUACCACACUUGAAAAUGUCGAAUUUCGUGCCAAAUAAUGUGUUUUU